AUGAAACAACAAAAAUUUAUAAAAUUGACUCCUCCAACUGUAAAAUUAGAGGAGAGAAUAGGAUAAAAAGCUGGGCUAAGACCUUAUAGAAAAGGCGGUGUAAGAUUAGAAACUGAAAUGAUUGGGGAUAAAAAGAUAGUCCAUAAUUAUGGUCAUGGAGGAGGAGGAGUGUCUGUUGGAUUUGGAUAUAGCUUAGAAGCAGUGGAAAUGUUCGAAAGAGAAACUAUGGUGUAUCCAACAAAUAGAAAUGUAGCAGUGUUAGGUAGCGGGUAUAUUGGAUUAUAUACAGCUUAUAUUCUUUCCAGAAAAGGAUACACUGUCACAAUAUAUUCUGAUAACUUUGUAUCUUCUUCUUCUUUAUCUUAAUUUGAUCAGACAGACUCUUUCCCUAUUACAUCAUAAGUAGCAGCAGGUAUAUGGAUUCCUAGCUUUUAUGAAUACAAUAGUACACCUAAAAUUAAACUUCUACACGAGAAAUGCUCUAGAAUCACUUAUAACUUCUACAAAGAUUGUAUAGAAAAUAAGAAAUUCAAAGGCCUAAGCUAUAGAACUGUAUAUUUUGUUCCUCCUAUUAAAGAAAUUUAGAAUUGUAUUCCAAAAGAUAUAGAUAUGAAAUAUCAAAACGUUUUAGUUACCUUUGAUGAAAAACAUUUUAUUGAAUGUUAUUCUUUUCAAACAAUCCUCACAGAUGGAGACAUAUUCCUACCAGAGUUUAUAUCAGAGCUAGAUAGGCUUAAAGUUAAUUUUGUCAAAAAACACUUUGAUCAGAAGGAGGAUUUAUUGCAGCUGAGCGAAAGCUAUAUCUUUAAUUGUACUGGUUUACAAUCUAAAUUCCUUUUUAAUGAUAACAAUCUCUACCCUAUAAAGGGGCAAUUAGCAGUUUUCAAGCCAAAUAAAGAAAUUGACUAUUUUUUUAUUGAAGACCUACCAAACGGUGAUAGACUUGUAUUAUUCCCACUUUCAAUUGGUUUGACUUAUGGACAUUUUGCAUCAGACCAUGAUUACGACAAUAAACCUAAAAAGGAAGUUAUAGAUAAAAUAUCAUAAAAUGCAUAUAAUUAUUUCAAAUAAUUUGCAUAACCAAAGCCUUCUUUGUGA